GCUCGACGGCCAACACCGACACGCAUGCUGUCCCAAUGCACCCAGCGCGUUCUCCUGCCAUCGCCGCCUCUCGCCUCCUCGUCCGCGACAACCAGCGCAUCACCGCCCUCGCCCGCGCUGGCGACCUGGCCGCGGCGCGCCGGGUGUUCGACGCCAUGCCCCGCCGCGACGUCGUCUCCUGGAACGCGCUCCUCACCGCGCUCUGGCGCGUCGGCCGGGACCUGCCCGCGGCGCGCCGCCUCUUCGACGGCAUGCCGUCCCGCAACGUCAUCUCCUGGAACUCCGUCGUCGCCGGCUGCCUCGCGCACGGCGACCUCGCUGCCGCCUCCGCCUACUUCGCGCGCACCCCGCGUCGCAACGUGGCCUCGUGGAACGCCAUGCUUGCCGGGCUCGUCCGGCUCGGCUGCAUGAACGACGCGGAGAGGCUGUUCGGUGAAAUGCCUGAGAGGAACGUGGUGUCGUACACCACCAUGGUUGAUGGGCUCGCGCGGCGAGGGGAGGUGGGUAGGGCACGUGCGGUGUUUGACGAAAUGCCAGAGAGGAACUUAGUGUCGUGGGCAGCGAUGAUAAGUGGGUAUGUUGACAACAGCAUGCUCGACGAGGCAAGAAAACUGUUUGCAGCGAUGCCAGAGAAGAAUGUCAUGGCAUCCACCGCCAUGAUCACUGGAUAUUGCAAGGAAGGAGACGUGGAGAGCGCCAGGAAGCUUUUUGAUGAGAUUUAUGUCAAAGAUGUCAUCUCGUGGAACGCCAUGAUUGCAGGUUAUGUUCAUAAUGGAUACGGAGAAGAAGCUUUGAAAUUGCACAUCAUAAUGCUCAGAGAAGGUACAAAACCAGAUCAUGCGACUCUUAUUGCAACCCUGACAGCAUGCUCUGCUCUUGCUUUGCUCAGACAAGGAAGAUCAACACAUGCUGUUGCUGUCAAAACAAUGUUAGAAUCUAGCACAUCUUUUUGUAAUGCUUUGAUCACAAUGUAUAGCAAGUGUGGUGAUGUCAGUGAGUCAGAGUUGGUCUUCAUAAAUCUUAAAAGCCAGGACAUUGUUUCGUGGAACACAAUGAUUGCGGCAUAUGCACAACAUGGCAAAUAUCAGAAAGCUAUUUCUCUCUUCCAUGAGAUGGAAACACGUGGGCUGAUACCUAAUGAUAUUACCAUCCUUAGUGUGCUAUCAGCAUGUGGGCAUGUUGGCAGGGUGGAUGACAGCUUGAAACUAUUUGAUCUUAUGUCAUUCAAAUACGCGAUAUGUCCAGGAGCUGAACACUAUGCUUGUAUUAUCGAUAUAUUGGGCCGAGCAGGACAGUUUGAGAAAGCAUGUAGUUACAUAAAAGACAUGCCAUUUGAAUCUGAGAAGAAUGUUUGGGGUGCAUUGCUGGGGGCUUCCAAGACUCAUGGCAAUGUGCAGUUGGGUGAACUUGCGGCGAAAAUGCUUGUGCAGUCAGACUCAGGAAGUUCAGGGCCUUAUGUGAUGCUUUCAAAUAUAUAUGCUGCUGCUGGCAUGUGGGGUGAAGUCAAUCGAAUAAGAGGUCAAAUGAAGGAAAAAGGUGUGAAGAAACAACCUGGAUACAGCUGGACUGAAAUUGCUAAUAGAGUUCAUAUGUUUGUGGGUGGUGAUGCAUCUCAUCCAGAGAUGAACAAGAUCAUAUCUGAGCUGAGAAAAAUCAGCUUUCAUAUGCAAAUGAUGGCCAAUGAAACUCAUACAAUGGUAGAGAUGUCCCAGGAAUCUAGAUAGGGCUUUUCAUACUCUUCAUGCACACAUGUCAUUCGCAGCAUCUGCUCAAUCAGAGUAUCUGUCUGUGAGUUCAAGGAUCAAAUUUACAGGCCACAGAGUGUUUGUCUCAGGACUCCUAAUAUCCUUUGAACAAGGAGAGCUUUCAACAUCAGAGUACAUAUUAUCUGCUGCCACAUAUCUUCCUUUCCCGUCGCCUCCCUUGGCAUCUAUGGGUGAUGCUUCUGCCGAGGUUUUGGCCGACUCCGAACUGAACAUAGCAUCAAUCAUGUCCUUCAAUUCUUUAAUGCUACUCUGUGCAGCAGCCUCACUUACCUUCAAGGACUCGUAUUCUUGCACGAUGCUCUUUAAGGUAUUCUCUUUCUCA